AUGUUUUGUGAAGGCAAUGAUCUUAUAGCACCACCACCAGAACUCAAUAUCACACUCCCGACAGCGAGAGAUUUUGAUAGUGAACCAUAUGACUGUUCAAGCAAUGAGAUUCAGUCACAACUACCAACAGAUAUUCUGCUAAUAACAACAAAUGAUCAUGAAUUCAAUGCUUGCUAUUCGUAUAUGAAACAUGUUCAACGAGGUUAUUCUACGAAACUGGGAAUGGUAGAUUUUGGUCGAUUUGGUGAUCAGAAUAACCCGAAUGUGAGAGUUGCAUUGAUGAAGUAUUGGCAGGGACCGACUGACGCUGUGAUAGCAGUGAGAAAUGCCGCUGAAAUUUUAAAUCCAAAAGUAGUCCUCUUUGUCGGGAUCUGUGCAAGCAUGGAACGGGCGAAGGCAAAACUUGGCGAUGUCGUGAUUUCUGCCAAACUGGCGACUUAUGAUCAUAAGAAAUUCAAGGCAGAUGGUACAGUUGAGUAUCGCGGGACUAAACCGAACGUUAGUAAAAAUAUGGCUCGUUUUAUCCUCAAUGCAGCUGAUGGUUGGAAACCACCAUUAAAAGACCCGAAAAGUUUAGAUGUUAAAGUUCACCAUGACGCUGUGAUGUUAAGUGGCUCGGAUUUAGUCAAUAAUCGUGAAAGACGACAAGAGUUACUGGAUUCGUUCCCGGACGCACUUGGUCUUGAAAUGGAGGGUGCAG